UGCCCAUUCAGUACAUAAACAUAGUUUUCUUUGUAUUUGUUUAGAGUUUGCUGAAUAUCUUGAAUCUAUGCAUCUAUGUUUUUCACCAAAUUUGUACAUUGUUUUAGGGAGACCUUCAGACAAAAAGCCACACAAUGCAAAUCUCACCCAUGGAGCUCCUAUUUUUCCAAGACAUGACUUCUCUUCAAUUUCUGCCUGCUUUUGGUAGCUCUCCAGUCAUUCACAUAGUUUUGUUUUGUUUGGGUCCAGAUUCUACAAUUGUUAUCUCAAGGAGAGUUCGUCUAAUCAAGCUACUCUGCCAUCACCAAAUGCAGGAACUCUUACCCUAUUUUAGCAAUUAAUAAUAAAACACACAUCUUUCCACAUAAUCACACAUUCUUAUACUACUCUAUUUUUAAUAAAGUAUUCCACUCCACUCCAUGGACAUGAUUGAAUUUUUUAAUCAUUCUGUAGAAAUUCCAACGAUUCACAUUUUGCUGUUAUAGAUAAUGCUGAGCUGAGCAUCUUUGUAGUUGUGUCCAUGGUUAUUUCCUUAGGAUAAAAUCCCAAAAUUUCUGGGUCAGCCAUGUCAUCUUAGAUUUUCCAAGCUGAUUAGUAUUAUUGUAUUUCAUGUUUACAAGGUUGUUUUCAGUAGAGUGUGCUUCUAGAGUCCUGUUCGAUUCGAUACCUUCGAUAGCCUUUCACUAAGUAUUCCAGCUGCCACCUGGGGUCAUCCACUGACCCUGGACCACUGCCUCCACCACUUCAUCUCAUCAGAAUCCGUGCGGGAUGUUGUGUGUGACAACUGCACAAAGAUUGAAGCCAAAGGGACGUUGAAUGGGGAGAAGGUGGAACACCAGAGGACCACUUUCGUUAAGCAGUUAAAACUAGGGAAGCUCCCUCAGUGUCUGUGCAUCCACCUGCAGCGGCUGAGCUGGUCCAGCCACGGCACGCCCCUGAAGCGGCACGAGCAUGUGCAGUUCAACGAGUUCCUGAUGAUGGACAUCUACAAGUACCGCCUUCUUGGACAUAAACCUGGUCAACACAGUCCUAAACUGAAGGAGAAAGCAAGGCCUGCGCUGGAACUGCAGGACGGGCCGACAGCCCCCAAAUCAGUUCUGAAUCAGCCAGGGGGCCCCAAAACCCAAAUUUUUAUGAAUGGUGCCUGCUCCCCAUCUUUGUUGCCCACCCUGCCAGCCCCAAUGCCCUUCCCCCUCCCGGUGGUUCCGGACUACAGCUCCUCCACGUACCUCUUCCGGCUGAUGGCAGUUGUCGUCCACCAUGGAGACAUGCACUCCGGACACUUCGUGACUUACCGACGGUCCCCACCUUCGGCCAAGAACCCCCUCUCAACCAGCAACCAGUGGCUGUGGAUCUCCGACGACACCGUCCGCAAGGCCAGCCUGCAGGAGGUCCUGUCCUCCAGCGCCUACCUGCUGUUCUAUGAGCGCGUGCUUUCCAAGAUGCACCAGAGCCGGGAGUACAAGUCUGAAGAGUGACUGUGCCGGCCCCAGAGCGAGACCUGAUGGCACUGUCCACGCCGUCAGGAGAAAGACGAA